CUCCGUUCCCACAUCACUCCCCUCUCUCUCUCACUCACAUGUGAUUGUGAUACCUCUGAGGUGACACGCUCCGUGCGGAUACCUGCUCCAGAAGCUCAGCUUUUACCGCCCCCUGCUGCAAAGGUUCGGAAUCGAAACAUCUUGAUAAUAUUCCAACCACAAAACCCUCAAGACAAGGCUCCACUUUGACAGCAACAACUGUCUUUCUGACAAUGAAGACAUUGCUCCAUCUAGUAACUUUAUGACAAUUGGAUUCUAAUUUCUGUUUUCAAAAGGAACAAUUUUCUUUUUUUUAAAUAAUGGCAACAGAAGCCUUCCAUUCUGCGUAUGCUGCUGUUCCUCCAUCUGUGCAACCUAUGACUCCGUCCACCAGGAAUUUUCUUAAAAUGUUUGGUGAAUAUCAGAGCAACGACGUUAUCAUCAAGCACUAUAACUUUACUGGCAAACUCAAAGAGAAUAAAUAUAAAGAGGGCUUGAAACCAGAAGCCAUUGCAUUUUUGCUGGUUUGUUUGCUAAUUGUGCUUGAGAAUGCUAUUGUUCUAAUUGCAUUAUGGAGAAACAAGAAGUUCCAUGUUCCCAUGUAUUACUUACUGGGAAACCUGACUCUAUCUGACCUGCUAGCAGGCUUUACAUACAUGGUCAACAUCAUCACAUCUGGCGCCAACACUCUUAACAUGACCCCUGUACUUUGGUUUUUAAGAGAAGGUGGUGUCUUCAUAAUGCUCGCUGCAUCUGUCAUUAGCCUGCUAGCCAUUGCAAUUGAGCGACAUGUUACCAUGGUGAGGAUGAAACCAUACCAAGGAGACAAGCAAGGCCGGAUGUUUGCCUUGAUUGGUGCAAGCUGGGUGCUGUCUAUUUUUCUUGGAGUUCUUCCCAUACUAGGUUGGAACUGUAUUGGAAAAUUAGACCAGUGCUCCACAGUUCUUCCCCUUUAUGCCAAAAGUUAUAUUCUUUUUGAUAUAACAAUUUUCACAGCUAUACUGAUGUCGAUUGUGGUUUUGUAUGUGAGAAUCUUCCGCAUCGUCAAGACCAACACACAACGCCUUGGUUCUGGUCCCCAACGAAAAGGACUGUACCGCAAGUCCCAAAAGUACCUGGCACUACUCAAGACAGUUACAAUUGUUUUGGGAGUUUUUAUUGCAUGUUGGUCACCCCUCUUUAUCCUGCUGCUUCUGGACUUUUUCUGCCCUGCUAAAAGUUGCCAAGUGCUGUUCAAAGCUGACUAUUUCUUGGGAAUUGCCAUGUUCAACUCUCUCCUCAAUCCAAUCAUCUACACACUGACGAGCAAAGAUAUGAGACGUGCCAUUCUGAGGCUGCUCUGUCGACACUGCCUCCUCACCAAAGAUGGACAGGUGAAGAAGAUUGGCAUCCCGUUUCUGGAGUGUAGCACCAGUAAAACUGAUGCAGCCUCUCACAGGUUAGAAGGCCUGGAGACAACAGUGUCUUCUGGAAAUUUCACACCAUCAACAAUUAAAGCCAUUUACCCCAAGAUAUCCAAAUCAUGACACUAGCAUAAGAACAAAUAAUGGACAAAACCACUUAUGAACAAGUUGCUUCCAAACUAAAAAUGUGAUUGAAGUAAUAUGCAGGUUUACAUGAAGUUGAGACAAAAUAAGUAUAUUUUGUUGGACUGCUUUUUUACAUGUCAGCAUUAUUUACCUUAGUUUUGCUAAGUUAAGCCAAUUAAGCUUGAUAAUAUUGUUCAACUAACCCAAUAAGCAAGAAGAAUGGUUGAAUGACACAGUAGGCCUAGAUUUCAGACAUGAACUUAAAUCUUAAAUUUAUGUAGCAAUAGAUUUUUUACUAUAAUAUUGACAUAUUCACUUUUUGAAGGCUUGUAUUUCAAUUAAAGUCCAAGCAGUUGACGUGAUAAUUGUCUGGUUGCACGCGUAUGACAUAAAAGCUCAGAGCAGCGGUGUGUGUCCACUUGACAGACUGGGAGUGAAGGCUAAAGAGACAUUUAUCGUCCCUGCCUUUCCCUUUGUAGCACAUAAUCACACGUUGUUAGCCAUCACAGAGUAUCCACACCCAGAAUGUGCUGCCAGAUCUGUAAUCAAGCCCAUGUGAGUGUUGGUCAGCAGUGGGCAGGGUGCAGUGCUGGUGGUGCAGCCCUGGUGGUGCUGCCCUGGAGGUCCACACAACAUAUGUAGCAACACAUGAUGAAUAAGAGCAGCAUUAAACAUGACAGGCAGGGCUGUGACGCCUAUGGACCACAAUGUGGGCAUUUCAUCUUGUACAAAAUUGUACAUUUUCAAUGCUAAA